GACUAGCUUUAUUUUCUCAGUAGCUGCUGAAAUUCCUACAGUGCAAUAUUCUGUAUUUGCUGUUUACUGUAUACAAUCGCGUCUUUUGUACUUAAUUUGUUACGUGAAAAAUGGAUAAACUCCUAUAAGCGUUUUACUAUCUUUUGUCUUUGAUAUAUUCCCAUAGAUGAAAGCUUGUAAUUUUUAUUCAGUACAAUAUCAUAUCCAAUUAAAAUGAUAUUUAGUGAAAUUGAAAUGAUAAAACGAUUGAGACGCAGAUUAAAGCGAACGGUUGACGGUUGACUAUCGAUGGGUAAAUAACUAACAAAAUCGAAUUAAUUAAAAUUCGAUGCCUCUCGGCAAUAAACCUGAAUGUGUCAAGUGUGGGACUCGAGAGACCCCACUUUGGCAUUCAACCGAAGCCGGUAAUCUUUGCAACGAUUGUCUUGAAGAAGAAAGAAAUUCAGAAGCGAGUUCAAACGUAAGAAACGAAGAUGAGGAUAAAGGAGGUUUGUUAAAACCUACCAGGAGAAGUACAAGGAUUACAAGAUAUUGCAAUUCUAAAUCAGUUCCACAUAAAAUUAUACCUAAAGGGAAAGGAAGAAGAAAUUUGUUCAAAAAAACUCCAGUUAAGGCACCAACAGCUACAGCAACUCCUGUUACAAGCAGUUAUGUAUUUUAUAAAGGCACUUAUUUUCAAGUAGGUGAUAUAGUUUCUAUGCAGGAUAUUGACGGAGGAAUUUAUUAUGCUCAAAUUCGUGGUUUACUCACAGAUCAAUAUUGUGAAAAAAGUGCUGCUGUCACUUGGCUCUUGCCUACCACUGCAAGUCCACCACCUGAUGAAGGAUUUAGUCCUGAGACAUAUAUUAUAGGACCAGAAGAAGAUCUCCCACGCAAAUUGGAAUGUAUGGAAUUUGUAAUGCAUGCUCCAUCAGAUUAUUAUAAAUUAAAAAAUACACCAUAUCCCCCACCACCUACAGAACACGGUACUGGAUAUAUCUGGACUACACUCAGAAAUGAAAUUGCUACAUGUAAAAGAUGAACUUUUUAAUUCAGUUGUUUAGUUGUUUUUAUGUUAAUAUUUUGGUUUCUUAUGUACAUUAUGAAUCUGGUAGAGAAAAAUAAAACAAAAUAAUUGAAGUAUAUUUAUAACUGUUUAAAUUUUUAAAAAUAAAAUUUAUCGUGAAUAUA